CAUCUGUUUGUAAAGAUGCUCGCGCCAAGCGCAGUGUUUAGUUCAUCAGUUCCCGUUUAAGAGAUACACAUCUGCGAUAACUCAAGCUAUACACCUGACUUUUUAUUCAAACAAAACAUACCGUUAGAGUUUGUUCAGAUAAUUCAGACAUCUUCUCAGCUUUGUUUAAUAUAGCCUACGCAGGUUAAAGGUCUGGAUUUUAAACACGGACAUACCGUUAAUACUAAUGGCUGAAGCCCGGAAUGUUGGUGGAGAUGAAGAAUUUCCAAAUGUUUCUAUUACGAGGAGAAGAGAUUCAACAGACCGCUCAGAAAGAAAUAAACAAGAGCACAUACAUAUAAGUCAAGGACCCCUUUCUUCAAUCAAAGCAGCCUUUAAGAGAACUUCUGCGAGAUCUCUCUCAACACCGGACUGCUCCAGGGAAAGAAGGCGUCCAGAGAUAACCAUCCUAUCAGCAGAGCCGUUAGCAGCCACUUCUUGGUAUUCAGGGUCGUCUGGAAGAUUUUCAUCCACAGCUUUCACGACACAAUCAAUCUGGAAUGAGAGUGUACUGACCUCUGCUCAGCUCCCACCAUCCUAUGAGCAGGUGAUCAAGGAGAAGACCCAGGAGCAGGUUACCACACCUUCACCAUCUCCACGGCGCUCAUACACAACAACUAUUGCCACACAGACUGACUCACUAGAGGAGAAUGCCACAUGUCCAGAUUCCUGCACGUCCCUGCAGCUGAACCAACAGCCCAUUGGAGUGAAGCAGCCAAAAAAACCACCUCGGCCAUCAUUGCCUUAUAAACCCAUUCCGCAAGAAACUCAAACCAGGUCCCCGAUAUCCACUCCCAACUCCCAGCUCACUGGUGAUAUAGCCCCAGCCCCACGCCCGGUGCCUCAGCCUCGCUCCAAAAAACCCCUGAGCCCAACCAACCACAUUAAUGUGCAACCUCUGAUACCACUGCAAGACAGCUGGGAAGUUUGUCCUGUAACCCCUGUGGAAAGUUCUGAAGCCCAUUCUGGCAAGUAUCUGAAAGAUCUCUUAGAUGUCUUCAGCUCUGAACCUAAAGGUGAACUGAGUAACCCUGUCAAGAUCCAGAGAGAGCAGACGAGCCAAACUAAAGAGAACCAAAGUGAAAACAUGACCUCCCUCCACAGCGACCGCAACAUCCGAUCAAGAAUCCAGGCCUUUGAAAGUCAAUCUAGCACAGAUAAUGAUGAAACUUCUGUGCCUUCCCCCCGUCCUCGAAAAACAUUCCCCAAACCUCCUGUGCUGGCACCAAAACCCUCCAUUGCCCCCCGACCCUCUGUCAAAAAGCCCAAAGAACAGGAAUUUCCACAAUUUGACAGUCACCUAUACGAAGAGGUCAUAGCACCACCUAUGCCAGCUCCAAGACCUCAGCUUUUCAAAAAACCAUCCUUAGACUCAAGAGAUGAGUCCGACUCUCAGCCUCCCUUUAGGAUGGCCCUCAUUCCUCCAUCGCGACCUUCAUUGGUCAAAGUUAAGAAUGUAAGUUCCCAAGAUGAAGAAGUGGUAUUGAAAGGACCUCCCCCGCCACUCAAGCCCAGCAAAGACCUGCUGAACCUCAACAACCACAACUCCACUGCACUUCUGUCUAACAUCACAUCCACAGCGAACAAGCUAAGCAAUGACUAUGUGGAUACUCCCAUUAACCACUCUCCCACUAAUACUGCCCGUCAAGUGGGAUUCACCUACAUGGGAGCAAGCGCGCAGGGAGUGACUAGGAGACCCACGGUCAUCAGAGUCCCCAGUAAAACUGAAAAAAACCCUGAAGAAAUGGCAGAUUUUCCCCCUCCUUUACCUGUACAGAAACCUGUGGGCGGCCCACCUACACCUGCUAAACCCGCUCGAAAAGACUCCUUCAGUUUCUCAUUUGACACAUCUCUUCCACCACGGCCCAGUGGAGGAAAGGUUCUGCCUCCUCGCCCACCACCAGCUAAAACAGGCCCGGGAAGACCACCUCCUCCACGAAGAGAUGGCUCCCAACGUCGUCCCUCAGAUCCGGGACCUUCGCAAAUAGUACCAGCAAAACAACAGCAACCUCAAUGGCAGCAACAAAACCGCAGAGCUUCGAAAAAAGGACCUGCUCUACCACCUAGACCCAACCCAGGACAUCGUCUUUACAACAAAUACACUCUUGAGAUCCCCCAUGGUAUCGCUGAGUUUGACUACAACGGCACUAACACUGGGGAGCUCUCCUUUCAGAAAAAUGAAGUCCUCGUCUUACUUGAAGAAUUAGACAGCAAAACCUUUGAAUGCCAAGUUGGAAACGCUAAGGGCACAGUGCAGAAAACACAUAUGAAGAUUAUCACACCCUUAACUAAUUUACCCAGCAAUCCAUUACCACAGAAAAACAGUUCUUUUAGUGGCAUGGUGGAAAAUACUGGAUCACUACAAGUGCAAGUCCUGUAUGACUUCACUCCAGAGGGGCCGGGAGAGCUGACUUUAAAGGCUGGAGAUGUGGUGUCUAAUGUAGAACAGCUGGACAGCGAGUGGUACAUGGGAACAUGCAGAAACAUGUCUGGAUUCUUCCCCAUUAGCUAUGUCAAGACACUGAACAAUCCUAAUAUACCUGCGCCAGCAUCCAGAAGUGAGUGGAAAACCAAACCAUCUCCCGAGCCUGUCAGAGGCCCAAGGUGUGUUGCAAGGUUUGACUUUGACGGAGAGCAGAGCGAUGAGCUGUCAUUUUCGGAAGGUGAUGUGAUUCUGCUCAAAGAAUAUGUGGAAGAGGAGUGGGCCCGUGGGGAAGUGAAUGGCCAUGUUGGCAUUUUCCCUCUCAACUAUGUGGAAGUGCUUGAGGAUCUCCCUCCAGCCACAGUGCAGAAACCUGCUCCAAAUAAGUUUGCGCUGCCUGGAAAGACUGGUCCGCCUAAAACACAAACGUCUUACAACGCCAGUGAGGCUGAAUCUAAUGGUGAAGAGUGGGCUGUGGCACUGUAUGACUUCACAGAGGAGACAGAGGGGGACCUGCCCUUCCAGCAGGGAGACAGGAUCCUGGUUACGGCUCACAUAGAUGAUGAAUGGUGGAGCGGAAGAAUGAAUGGCAGAGAAGGCUUCUUCCCCAAAGCCUUUGUAGAGGUUGUUACGGGUGGGAGGAAGUGGUAAUAGAAUGAUUCAUCAGAGGCAGCCUCAGAAGCAUUUUUUUUUUUCUUUGUGACUUGUUUCCAGUUUAUUGUGUAAUUUGUCUAAUGUAUUUAUAAAUGUGAACUUAUUGUUAAUAUCCAUUGUAUCCUAAAAAAUAUAUUCAUGAACUGCUAUGGGCGUUACUUGUCUGAUCUAUACUAUAUUUCAGCUUACUUUUCUGUAUACAGUAUUAAGAGUUUUUUUAUAUAUUGAGAAUAAAUAGAAUAUGUCAUUUUUUAGACUGAAGUAUUUUUAAACACUAUAGAGGCAAAUGUCCAGUGCCAUCUUGUGUCCACACUGAUUGACACAUUUGUUUGGCUAAUGGAGAUUAGAGCAGUGGUUCUCUACCAGGGGACAAAAACAAACUUCCAAGAGGGUGCCGGAUUAGUAAAAGUAUUCAAAGUAUCUAACUUCAAACAUUGUGUUGGACAACCGAGGAAGGUUGCGAACCGUAGAGUAUGUCUUCUGUCAUGUGUAAUUGACAUUAGAAAGAGCAGAUUAUUCACUGUAAAGGGUUCCUAAACAUUUUCCACACUCAAAGGUUCCAGACUUCUCUGUAACUUUUCCAGACCACACUUAAAAUCUGAUAAAUGGUUUUAAAAUCCAACUGUUAAACUGUGUUUGUUACAUUCUGACUUUGUAUGCCAUUAUGCUGCCAAAUAAUUGCCGGAAAAGUGUAGUGACAGUGGAUAUAAAAAGUCUACACAUGCCUGUUAAAGCUUUUUGAGAUGUUAAAAAUGCAUCCAAAUAAAAUGAUGACAGAU